CUCCACACCACCACAGUCACCAUUGCUUUCCAGUCCAGUGAAGAUUAAAGAAAGAAAAAAGAAAGCAACAAGGGAACAGAAAAAGGAAAUCUAUUACUGCAAUUAUUUCUCGGCCUUUAUCCCCUCUCAAUCUCUCUGAGCUUCUCGCGUUUCCAUUUUUCGCCGCUCAGGUCAACCUUCGCAUUCAUCAGCGCCAUGUCGGGCGCAAGACAUUGGGAACAAGAUAAGGAGGCGACUGUCUACAUCGGAAAUUUGGACGAGCGGGUCACAGAUAGUUUGGUAUGGGAGUUGAUGUUGCAGGCUGGGCGCAUCGUUAACGUUCACCUGCCGAAAGAUCGAGUCACUCAAUCUCACCAAGGCUACGGAUUUGUGGAGUUCAUCAGCGAAGAAGAUGCAGAAUACGCGUCGCGGAUAAUGAACGGCAUCCGUCUCUACGGGAAGCCUAUACGUGUGAACAAGGCCUCCGCCGAUAAACAGAAGUCGGUGGAAAUUGGCGCAGAGCUCUUUGUUGGCAAUCUGGAUCCUAUGGUCAUGGAGCAGGUGCUCUACGAUACGUUCAGUCGGUUUGGGAAUCUGAUCAAUAUCCCAAAGAUUGCGCGAGACGAGAACAACUUAUCGAAGGGCUACGGAUUCGUAUCGUUUGCCGAUUUCGAGUCAUCCGAUGCUGCCAUCGCUAAUAUGAACGGCCAGUACUUGAUGAACAAACAGGUUUCCGUUCAAUACGCGUAUAAGAAGGAUGGAAAGGGUGAACGACAUGGAGACCAAGCAGAGCGAAUGUUGGCCGCUCAGGCUCGCAAACACAACGUCCGACCACCAGCCCAGCCACUACCACCUCAAUUCACCGGAGCAGGGCCGGCGGGUAUGCCGGCUGGGAUGGCAAAUGGCGGAAGCCCUCGGCCCAUGCAUUCUGCACCAGCAGACAUGGGCAUGGGAAGAGGCGUUGUGCCUUCGAACAGUGGCAUCCCGGCACCUUCUCCUCACCAGAACAGACCUCCCGUCCUUGCAAAUCCGCUGGCAAAUCCGCCUCCGGGUUUACCGGCACGGCCUCCACCCUCGCAGGCUGGAUACGGAGGUCCACCACCGUUUGUUCCCCAAGGGUUCAACAACGCCGGCCAACAAUCACCAUUUCCUCCGCAGGGCGCGCCGCCGCCUUCGGGAUUCGCUCCUCCUGGCUUUGGUCCUCCGGCAGGCACACCAACUCCUGGGGCCCCGUUACCACCAGGGUUUCAGCAACACGGUUACGGCCGUGGUCGGUGAGAGUACGUCUCAUGUGAGAAACGACCAGUCCAGGGUCGUGGGCGGAGGAGAAACCUGGAAUACGGGGUGGUGACCUUAGAACAAGGGCCUACUGACUCAUUAUAAGCGGAAUGGCCGCUUGCAUGUAUGAGAACACGAAGUUUUUCUAACACUUUGCAAUCCAUAAUAAUCGCUAGCGGAACUUGGCUAUAUUACUAGAGCAACUCAAUCC